AAUGCCUUUGGUAAAGGGUCAUCAACAAGGAAAUCACAGCACAAGCUAGUGAGCUGGUUGAUAGUGACUAAAAGCGUUCACCUAUUAACUCGCCAUGAAGAGUGCUACAUGGUGUCUGAUAGUUCUAUUCGCUUCCAUUAGUGUUGGACUAUGUGAGGAUGGACAAUUGAGAGUCGCUGCAUUCAAUGUACAGAUAUUUGGAGUCUCCAAGUUCAGUCAACCUGAGGUGGUCUCUAUCCUGAGCAGAAUAGUGCGUCGCUAUGAUGUGGUCUUGAUACAGGAGAUUAGAGACGUAUCAGAAACUGUGAUCACAUCAUUUCUGGACAUCGUUAACAAUGAUUCGUUGGUUGAUGGUGUACAGUAUUCUCUCAGUGUGAGUGUGCGACUAGGCAGGACCAGCAGUAAGGAGCAGUACGCCUUCAUGUACAGGAUGGACAAGGUGACUAUAGUGUCCGCCCACCAAUAUAUGGACACCACUGAUCUGUUUGAGAGACCACCUUACUCUAUCCUGCUCAACGCACCAGGACUGCCCCAGUUCUUCCUCACGGGCGUACACAUUCAACCAUCGUCAGCCUUCAAUGAGAUCAACUCACUCCUGCCAGUGUAUGAGGUGGUCUCCAAUAUCUUCAAUACUUCUCGUGGGAUUAUACUAGGGGACAUGAAUGCUGACUGCUCCUGGUUGAGUCAGACUAGCUACUCAAUGUUGGACCUUGUUAAUGAUGGCCGCUUCCAUUGGCUCAUUGACUCUCAGACAGACACAACCACUAACAGCAAUGAUUGCUCCUAUGAUAGGAUAGUGGUGUCUGGAGGUGUACUGGACUAUGUGGUGAAUGGUAGUGCUGGGGUGUUCAGAUAUGAUGACCAGUACAACCUCACCAUGGAGCUAGCCUUGGAUGUCAGUGAUCACUACCCAGUACACUUCACUCUGCAAGGUGAGGGCUCUACUGGUGGUGGGAGACAGGUGAUGGUGGCUGCACUGGUCCCUCUACUAGCAGCUCUGUGUGCACUAGCUCUUAUUAUAGUAUAAUCUCGGGACAACGUGUGUGUACUGUGUGUUUUGACUACAGGCUUUUUUAAUACAUUUUUUUUUAUUGUACAAUCCUUAAUUGUGUUGUAAUUUUAAUUGUGUGAAGUAAUUUGUUGAUGCGAAGG